AUGGCAACCGUGAUCUUCCAUCGGGACCGAAUUCCAGAUUUCUUUCUGUUCUUUUCGAUUUCUCCUACUUUUGCAGUCGUGACCAAGAAGCACCUGACUUCCUGGCCCGAGAUCUGGGCCGCUGGACGUCUUCGCCGGGCGGCAGGCCACAACACCGAUAUCAUCAUCCGGACUCGCCUCCCAACUUCACGAGCAACUCAAUCACUCAUGAUGUCCAACCCUUCGUCGCAAUGCGUCCAUCCGUCCGACAAGGUUGUUUCGGAGAAUAUGAUCGCCUCGCUAGGUCGCCUGCCGCUUGAAGUCCUCCUUGUCCUUGCCCACUAUGCCUCGGACACCGGACCCGAAAUUGAUCUAUUCCGAGAGUCUGAUCCCAGAAUUGUGCUUCCACACGACCUCUUGAAUAUCAGUCUUGUAUAUCGGUGGGCGUUGCACUUGGUUCCGGUAGUUAAGGUUGGCCCUGUCUGCCACGCAGGCUACGCAGGGCAGAUACGCGCCGGGAAUGGCCCGGAGAGGUCCGCCAGCGGAGGCUGCAAUCGCAGUGCGGACGGCUUCGCUCUCGACCCGCUGGAUAAGGGUUGCAGCCGCUUGAGCCCGCGGCGCUCGGGGCGAAAACGCGGCAGUGACCCUCCACCACAGCCCUCGAGAGCAUCCUCCAAGAAGGGAGCAGCACGCACAUUCGCCUGUCACUUUUACCUUCACGACAGGAUCGGACACAGCGCCUGCUUGAACGUAAGGCUGGCAAGGUUGAGUGAUGUACGCCAACACCUCCUGGAAAGGACGCACAACCAGGUCGUGCAUUGUGCCGUCUGUGGCACGACGUUUACGGGGCGCACAAGUACGGAAGCUAGAGGGCGACGGGAUGAGCACGUCCAGGCUGCAACAUGCGAGCCGUCGUCAUCUCCGUUCAACUAUCCCGGUAUCACAGAAGACGAAGACCGAUCAAUACGCGAAAUCGCUCGCAACACCCGUACGGCGGACUACACUGGGGUCCGGCGUUGGUUCAUGAUAUGGGACUGUCUGUUUCCGGGGGAGCCGCGCCCAGAGUCACCAUUCCUGACAGAUGUCCCUGACAUCCAACGAGUGUUCGACUGGGCGGGUGCAAUUUUCUCCGACAGCGACCGCUGGCUGGCGUUACCCAACGAACCAUGGACAUCUGCUAUGAACCGCGAGGAACGGAACGCUAGAAUGUCCAACUUCAUUCAGUCGUUCAUUGCAGAGGCCAGGGAUCUUGUGGAGGAGGAUUCAGGCCCUGUGGAGGAUGACCAUGCCAGUGGAGCCGAUAAUUCCUCGUACGUCAACGUCGUCAACGUCGACAUCCCAGAUCCAUCCGGUGCGACUGAGAAUCUCGCGGUAGCCUCUUUGGCGGCCAGCUUCGACUCCAACCGUCCCGCCGAUGCUUUAAGUCGAUCGUACCUCGACCUGGGUUCUGCCACCGGAUCAAGCCAGGCUCCCAACCCACACACGCUUGGCCCCAUGGUGCCCAGUACUAGCGGACAGCCUGCUGGAACGGCUCCAAUUCCAUUUCGCUCUCUGAACCACCCCACUGUGGAUGUGGCACAAGACAUGCAGCAACAUGCAGCAUCUGGAUCGGCCUCUAGCCUGGAUGACCCCGCUCUUCCAGCUUUUCAGGACUCCUCAGCUGACGAUCCGGCCAUCAACCCCGACUAUGAGUGGUUCAACUCUCUCAAUGGCUGGGACAACUUUGGCAAUGAUGAGGCCGGACCAGGCGACAACUACGCUCCUCCGGAUGAAGAUGAGCUUGGAGGCCGCCAUUGA